AUGGGCUGGCCGACCCUUCCGGCGGAAAGGGUUCCACACCACCCGGGCACCUCCGCCAUGAAUUCUGGCCGGAUGGGCCUGCCCAAGAAAAGAGUGAAAUCUGGCGCAGCAGCCAUGAGUUACCCCAACGAGGAGCCCAUUACCGAAGCCAGGGCGGGAGCGGGAUGCACACCGUUUGGCCACCGGGCUGAUUCCAUCGCGUUGCACGUUGGCCUGCGGAAGUUGCCGGAAGCAACUCCAUACCGCAACACUCGGCUGCCAAGGACCCCCGUCUUCACGGACACUUUUUCACCACCCACGUCGCUCCAAACAGCCUGCCUCACAAACAAACCUAAUUUUGUGUCUGCUGUGUUAUCGGAUAUUGAAUAG